AUGGCCGGGGGAAGGCGAGGGCUGGUGGCGCCUCAGAACACGUUCCUGGAGAACAUCGUGCGAAGGUCUAACGAUACUAAUUUUGUCCUGGGUAAUGCCCAGAUCGUGGAUUGGCCCAUUGUCUACAGCAAUGAUGGAUUUUGCAAGUUAUCAGGAUAUCACAGAGCAGAAGUUAUGCAAAAAAGCAGCACCUGCAGUUUUAUGUAUGGAGAGCUGACAGACAAAGAUACAAUCGACAAGGUCCGGCAAACAUUUGAGAACUAUGAGAUGAACUCCUUUGAAAUCUUGAUGUACAAGAAGAACAGAACACCUGUCUGGUUCUUUGUGAAAAUUGCUCCAAUUCGAAAUGAGCAGGAUAAAGUGGUUUUAUUUCUUUGCACUUUCAACGACAUAACGGCUUUCAAGCAGCCCAUUGAGGAUGAUUCAUGUAAAGGUUGGGGGAAGUUUGCCCGCUUGACGCGUGCCCUCACGAGCAGCAGAGGGGUGCUGCAGCAGCUUGCUCCCAGCGUGCAGAAAGGAGAGAACGUUCACAAGCACUCAAGACUUGCUGAGGUCUUGCAGCUGGGUUCUGAAAUCCUCCCACAGUACAAACAAGAGGCACCAAAGACUCCACCGCAUAUAAUUUUGCACUAUUGUGUAUUCAAGACUACCUGGGACUGGAUCAUCCUGAUUUUAACCUUCUACACUGCUAUUUUGGUCCCUUACAAUGUCUCCUUUAAAACCAAACAGAACAACGUGGCGUGGCUGGUAGUGGACAGCAUUGUAGAUGUCAUUUUCCUGGUUGACAUUGUGCUCAAUUUCCACACCACCUUUGUGGGGCCGGCAGGGGAGGUGAUCUCUGACCCCAAGCUGAUCCGCAUGAAUUACCUGAAGACCUGGUUUGUGAUUGACCUGCUCUCCUGCCUGCCAUAUGAUGUCAUCAAUGCAUUUGAGAAUGUUGAUGAGGGCAUCAGCAGCCUCUUCAGUUCCCUCAAAGUGGUCAGGCUGCUCCGGCUGGGUCGCGUGGCUCGCAAGCUGGACCACUACAUCGAGUACGGGGCGGCCGUGCUGGUGCUGCUGGUGUGCGUGUUCGGGCUGGCGGCGCACUGGCUGGCCUGCAUCUGGUACAGCAUCGGCGACUACGAGGUCAUCGACGAGGACACCAACACCAUCCGCACCGAGAGCUGGCUCUACCAGCUGGGAGAGUCCAUCGGCACGCCCUACCGCUUCAACACCUCCGGCUUCGGCAAGUGGGAGGGCGGGCCCAGCAAAGAUUCCGUCUACAUCUCCUCGCUCUACUUUACAAUGACCAGCCUCACCAGCGUGGGAUUCGGGAACAUCGCUCCCACGACGGAUGGGGAGAAGAUCUUCGCUGUGGCUAUGAUGAUGAUUGGCUCCCUUCUGUAUGCCACCAUUUUUGGUAACGUGACAACCAUAUUUCAGCAAAUGUACGCUAACACAAACAGAUACCACGAAAUGCUGAACAGCGUCCGGGACUUUUUAAAGCUCUACCAGGUCCCCAAAGGACUCAGUGAACGUGUGAUGGAUUACAUCGUUUCCACCUGGUCAAUGUCCAGAGGAAUAGAUACUGAAAAGGUUUUGCAGAUUUGCCCCAAGGACAUGAGAGCAGAUAUCUGUGUUCACCUGAACCGCAAGGUUUUCAAGGAGCACCCCGCCUUCCGGCUGGCCAGCGACGGGUGCCUGCGGGCCCUGGCCAUGGAAUUCCAGACGGUGCACUGUGCCCCGGGAGACCUCAUCUACCACGCCGGGGAGAGCGUCGACAGCCUCUGCUUCGUGGUCUCGGGCUCCUUGGAAGUGAUCCAGGAUGAUGAAGUCGUCGCUAUAUUAGGCAAAGGAGACGUUUUUGGUGAUGUGUUCUGGAAGGAGUCGACUCUCGCCCAGUCCUGUGCCAAUGUAAGGGCUUUGACUUACUGUGAUCUUCAUGUGAUUAAAAGGGAUGCCUUGCAGAAAGUGCUGGAGUUCUACACUGCCUUUUCACACUCCUUCUCCAGAAAUCUCAUUUUGACCUACAACUUGAGAAAAAGGAUUGUGUUCCGGAAAAUCAGCGACGUCAAGCGGGAGGAAGAGGAGAGGAUGAAGAGGAAGAACGAGGCGCCUCUGAUCUUACCCCCGGACCACCCGGUGCGGCGGCUGUUCCAGAGGUUCAGGCAGCAGAAGGAAGCGCGGCUGGCGGCGGAGAGGGGCCGCGAUCCGGACGAGCUGGAUGUGGAGAAGGGCAAUGCCGUCGGGGAGCAAUCCUCCGCUCGCGCGGUGGUCAAGGCCAGCGUGGUGACGGUCCGGGAGAGCCCGGCGACGCCGGUGUCGUACCAGCCCGCCUCCACCUCCGCGGCCUCCGACCAGGCCAAGCUGCAGGCCCCGCCGGCGGAGCACGCGGCGGGCAAGGCCUCGGGGGACUACCCGCGCCGCAAAGGCUGGGCCAAGUUCAAGGAAGCCUGUGGGAAGGGUGAAGACUGGAACAAGGUCUCUAAAGCAGAGUCCAUGGAGACUUUACCUGAGAGAACUAAAGCUUCAGGAGAAGCUACCCUGAAGAAGACGGACUCUUGUGACAGUGGCAUUACAAAAAGUGACUUGCGCUUGGAUAACGCCGGGGAGACGAGAAGCCCGCAGGACCACAGCCCGGUCCUCACCGAGGUCAAGCAUUCCUUUUAUCCCAUCCCAGAACAGACUCUUCAGGCCACCAUGCUAGAAGUGAAACAUGAGUUGAAAGAGGACAUCAAGGCUUUAAACACAAAAAUGACCAAUAUAGAAAACCAGCUUGCUGAGAUACUUAGGAUAUUGACCUCAAGAAGAAGCUCCCAGUCACCCCAGGAGUUGUUUGAAAUAUCAAGGCCCCAGUCUCCAGAAUCAGAAAAAGACGUGUUUGGAGCUAGCUGAGGUGUUUCUUUUUAAAAACAAACAAACCGACAAACAAAGGAACAGCCCCCUAACACUUUACAUUUAAUCUUUCUUGAAAACAAGUGAGGGAUCCGUUCACUAAGCAUGUUCCCUCUGUCUAAAAAGGUAUGGUAACAGGAAUUGCAACCUCAUGUCAAGAUGGCAGCUGACUUUGAAGCCUUUUUGACAGCAAGGGUACAGUUUCUAAAGUUUUUCUUUCCUCCCUUUGUCCUCAUUCCCCCCCAGCCCCUUUCUCUCCCUUGGGAUGUUGGAAUAAGAAUUCUGACAGCAGUAGCCAUCCCCGUGAGCCCCGGGUGAUCUCUGAGGUUUUUGGAGCAUGCCUUAUGUCCUUGGCUCGGGUUAUGCCUAUAUGAAUGAGCACUUGCCAGGGUGCUUAUCUUUUCAGUGUUUGGUGGGUUGUUUGUUCUUUUGUUUUGUUGCUGCUGACACUGUCUCAGUCACCUCUACAGCACGUUGGAUGUCACAGUAUAUUUUCAUAAAGCUGUAAUGAUGUAAAGAGCGGUAGGAGACAUGUAUUUCAUUGUGUGCUGAAGUUUCUUUUGGGUAGUCAAGGAAGGGCUAAUAAGAUGAAAAAAAAUACUGUACUUUUUAAUUUCAAACUGACAUAUUGCUAAAACAAUUACAUUUGGCAACAUCUUCAAAAAUAGCCAUAGUAUUUCAGAUCUGCUAAUAAAUGGGAUCUUCCACACUGUCAUUCACUGAAUCAAGGAUAUAUUUUUUUCAAACCUU